AUGCCUCUUGAGAAACAUGAAUACAUAUCCAACGUAUGGAGUGACGGCCUCUUCGACGGCAAAGUGGUCUUCUGCACCGGCGGCAACGGCAGCAUCUGUUCAGCCCAGGUGCGGGCUUUAGUCCACCUAGGCGCAGACGCCUGCAUCGUCGGCCGCAACGUAGAAAAGACGGAGAAGGUGGCUCAAGACAUAGCGACCGCUCGCCCGGGGAGCAGAGUAUUAGGGAUCGGAGCCGUGGACGUACGCAGCAUCGACAGUCUCCAAAAGGCGAUUGAUACAUGCGUCAAAGAGCUAGGAGGCAUUGAUUUCCUCAUUGCUGGCGCAGCAGGCAACUUCCUCGCCCCUCUCGCGCAAUUGUCACCCAACGCAUUCAAAAGCGUCAUCGACAUCGACGUACUCGGCUCCUACAACGUGACCAAACUCGCCCUGCCACACCUGGUGGCUUCGGCAAAGAAACACAAUUCCUCAUCAUCCCUCCCGAAGAAACAGCCCCCCAAUUCCCCCUCCACUUCGACAUCCAGUUCUCGUUCUUCGUCCUCAUCCGGUCCCCCCGGCCCCGGCGGUCGCAUCAUCUACGUCUCCGCCACCAUCCACUACACCGGCCUCCCCAUGCAGACGCACGUCGCUGUGGCCAAAGCCGGCGUCGACGCCCUCUCGAACAAUGUCGCCAUCGAGUACGGUCCGUUGGGAGUCACAUCCAAUGUGAUUGCGCCCGGCCCGAUCGCCGGCACCGAAGGCAUGGAUCGACUGGCCAAGAAACAACAGUCCACGCCCGGCGGUUAUCCAGGCAAAGGCAUUCCCUUGGGUCGCUGGGGUCUGAUCAAGGAGAUCGCCGACGCCACCGUCUAUUUGUUCAGUGACGCCGCCAACUAUGUCACUGGGAGCGCGCUCGUAGUCGAUGGCGGUGCCUGGCGCACCGCCGGUACCGGCACGGGAAAGGGCUUUGAGUAUCCUGAUUUCAUCCUCUCCGGGGCCCAGGUUACCGGGGUGGGAGGGAUCAAAAAACAGUCUGGCUCAGGCUCGAAAUUAUAA